AUGUGCAACGUCAUUCACUUCUUCUUCAAAUGCCAGCAUCUACUAGGUCUACGAAGGUCGCGCUGCAAGGGUACGAAACACAAGAUGACGAGAACCAGCAUUCGAGCUGCUUGUACUGCCGAAUCCUUCCUCACUAUAUAUUUUCAGACCGACUGCAGUCCGUGCGAGCACAAAUUGUGGGAGAGCGAGUGGGAGUCAAAGCUAGGGCGGGCGAGAGCAUUCUUAAUCAAAUUAAUCGAGAAGCGGAUGUAUGGAGUGGAGGACAUCACUGCUCUAGUCAAGGAGCUUGAAGAGCAGUACUAUGUAGCUUCCUGGGAUGCACGUAACAUGCAGAUACCCUCACACGCUUUUAAGAAAAGCGUGGCUCGGGUAAGCAUUACCUAUCAUCAGACGGCUCGCUCGCCCCUGACCCAGGAAGUACGACCGGAAGACGUCGUCGAUCCGAAGAAGCACAACAAGGACUGGAGGGAAAUGGAUGAGAAUGAUUACGACGGCGACUACAUUGCGAGCACCGAUCCAAUCCACCCUGUCAGUACCGACUACUCGCACCCACUCGAUGACGACGAUGGAAGCUGGAUCUUCAACCACUUUUCACCAGAAGAGAUGGAACCCACGGCCGGAGAUUUAGACUUCGACCAGAAUGGUUGGAGCUGGGAAAGCAACGAUCACGUCAACGACAGCGACAGUGAGAAGGGCGGGAUGCCUAUGAUUGCUAAAUCUCCAGAAGAGAACACUACGUUACAGAUCGACGGUAACGAUCUGAUCGCAUGGGGGCCUGAAGCCUCAGCGUCAUCCACGCUUUCGAAAAUCAGCAUGGAUGGUCUCAGUAUGGAACAGAAACAUGCGAAGGAGCAGAAAGAACUCAUGAUCGACGCAUUCUGGGCAGUCGUCAAUGAGUCCACGGAGCCACAACGACAAUCAGACUCCGAAAUGGAGGAUCUGAACUUGAUACUUCGCAGCCUCGACAUCUCUCAGGAUACGCCAACCCCCUCAACCCCUUGCACACCGACCAAGUCGCCUCACAUGUGGGUAGAUGGUCCUUCGGACGCUCUUCAUACUCCACCAUCGACACCCACUCGACCUACAACACCACCAAGUCCCAACUCAACACGCACAGUCUACAACAAACAACGCAAGUUUCUCAAAAAGCGACUACAAGAAGAUGCUAAUAAGAACAAGUACUACAGUGACUUGCUCCUUAUUUCGCGGUGGGAGGCGAAAGCGUCCGAAGGACCAGAUGGGAGGUUUAUUGCUGAACCCCAGAUGGUGAGGGCGGGUGGUGGUGGUGGUGGUGGAGUAGGAGGCAACGGGUGGUUUCAAUAA